UUGAUUUAUUUCAAUCCUUUUUUAAGUGAAUUAAUUAUCUUUUCAAGUAAUUAUUACGAUCAAUUCCAUACAAUAUGUCUUACUCAGACUUCUCAAAGGUUGAAACCGUCAAAGCUUUAAACGAAUUCUUAGCUGAUAAGUCUUACGUUGAUGGUACUGCUGCUACCCAAGCUGAUGUUACCGUUUACAAGGCUUUCCAACAAGAAUAUCCACAAUUUACCAGAUGGUUCAAUCACAUUGCUUCUUUCACUGAAGAAUUUGAUGAUUUACCAGCCGGUACUGCUCCAGCUGCUGCUUCUAAAGAAGUUGCUGCUGAAGAAGAUGACGAUGAUGUCGAUUUAUUCGGUUCUGAUGAUGAAGAAGUUGAUGAAGAAGCUGAAAAAUUAAAACAACAAAGAUUAGCUGAAUACGCUGCCAAGAAAGCUUCUAAAGGUCCAAAACCAGCUGCUAAAUCUCUUGUUACCUUAGAUGUUAAACCAUGGGAUGAUGAAACUGAUUUAGAAGAAUUAUUAGCCAAUGUUAAAGCCAUUGAAAUUGAUGGUUUAGUUUGGGGUUCUCAUCAAUUUAUCCCAGUUGGUUUCGGUAUUAAGAAAUUACAAAUUAACUUGGUUGUUGAAGAUUCUAAAGUCAGUUUAGAAGAUUUACAAAAUCAAAUAGAAGAAGAUGAAGACCAUGUCCAAUCUACUGAUAUUGCUGCUAUGUCAAAAUUAUAAUCUCGUUAUUAGUACUAUUGUAUAGAACUUUUUGAAUUGAUUAUUAUGUAAUGCUUUUGAAUUUUUUUUUUUUACCUAUUAUGUAAUGAAAAAUACAUUCCGAACCCUUUUUUAAUAGAAU